AUGUGCAGAAACAGAUUCCAUCAAGUCCACAUCCUGCUAAAGGAUAAGCCGGACGCGAUAACGCGGACAAUCCGUAUUCAAGAUAAGCUACUACCCAAUCCCGCAAUAAACCAAAUUCCAUCACGAUAUAUUGUCAACUUAAAUGACUCCACCAACGAAGUGGAAGAUGCCAAUUCGUAUACUCAAGAAGCCGGGUUCUGUUGCCUUUGUUCCAUAACAAGGCGAACCUCUCCGCUUAUUCCUUGUCAAGAAUGUUCGUCAGGCUUCCACGUGAACUGUCUUGGAAUAAGCGAUGCUGGUUCUGACGAUUAUUUCCACUGGUACUGCCCCAUGUGUGACUGCUAUCAGGAAACAGCUCUUCCUAUGAGACCAAUACGAAGAUCGCUAUUUUCGGGAAUGACAGGGAGACAAUCGUCAUCGACAAGGCGAUUAGUAAUACGAAAUGAAAAUGACGAGAUCGAUGACGAUUUCUUGUACAAUGAAGAUCCAAUGCCGGUAUUUGGUGACCUUCAACCACGCCAUGAUGAAGUUGCAAGAGCCAGCGACGUUAUCAAUGGAGGCGUGAUACUACGAAGAGAGCAAAAAUUGAGGCUGCGUUUAAGUAAAGAGGAAGUUAGUUCGUGGGAUAUGUUUGAGCAAGCUCGCAAUCAGAGAGGAGGAGAUGAUGACGUUACUAUGGAUGUCCAUUCGUCAUCCACGAUGCCUGAUGUUGCCAAGCGUAGACGGAGAAGGAAACGACCUGACCGCAGCCUUGCGCCAUCCACCUUGACCCAGGAGCAACACGCCGCCCCUCUAGCUGAGAGCUCAUCGAUGCAAGAAAGUCGGAUAUCGAACUUGAUUGGCCAACUAAAACAAGCAAAAAGACAACACAAUACACUGGCUUUAGCGCCAACGUCAGUAGUGGCAAUGGCACCUCUCGCACAAUCACCGUCAAGCAUUCUCCCUUCAUUAUCUGCUUCUGACUCGGCGGCUUCAACGGGAAAUAGUCCGAUGGAAUCAGCCGCUUAUUCAAGUGACGAUAACGAGCAUAUUUUUCGACGAGAAUUGACAUUGGAUGAAAAGUUGGUGAUACAAAAGAUUGUCCGGGGUAAAUUGAAACCCAAAUACAAACCCGGAUCAAACGACAAAGACAGCAUUUCAAAUGAGGAGGAGUUCAUUGCAAUAAACAAGCGUGUGUCGAGGAAGAUUUAUGCACAUAUAAUCAAUUCCGUGGGUGAAAUAGACGACUAUUUCAAAAAUGAGGUAAAAUUGAGACGAGUGAUAAAUGAAUACAUACAGUGA